UUCUUAUUGCAGAAUUAGUUUGUGUAGAUGUUCGCAUCACGUCUGCUUUUUUGGUUCUUUAAUGGAAAAAAAAAUACAUGCUUUCAUAGAAACUCCGACCUCGAGUAAACUAUCCUGGCAGGGGCUUUGGCAGUAUGUUUUUAGUUUUGCCAGGUGGACGGGGCAAAAAAAUUUAGUUCCAGACAUGAGUCUAUCAGAAUUAAUAAAAAGAUAGGUUCGUUUUUCUCUUAGUACUAUUGACUGCUUUAGGGCGAUCCAGCAUCACCCUGGGAGUGCAG